AUGUGGGCCUUGUUACUGUUACUGCAUGUAUCAUCUAUCCAAGCUAGAGAGAGGCUGAUUUUGAGAGGGGGGUCUAGCCCAUGUGUGGGACGUCUGGACGUCUACCAUGACCGGCAGUGGGGUGUGGUGGGACACACUGACUGGAAUAAACAUAACGGCGAAGUGGCGUGUCGAACUCUGGGAUGUGGGAAUUUGACUAAAGUUAAUCCAGGCUAUCGGUACGACCAAGACCUCCCUGACAAAGUCUGGAUGGAUAAGGUUAGCUGCAGGGGACACGAGACCAACCUGUGGGACUGUUCGUUCCCAGGCUGGGGAGCCAUUAACAGUAAAAGAGACAUUCAGCUGGGUUUGAACUACGAUGGACAAAGAGACCAGUGUGCAGGACUUGUGGAGUUUUCAACACCAAAUGGGAAAAUCAAUGUUUGUCAUGAAAAUAAUCCCACCUGGGCCGAUAAGGUGUGCGAGGCUCUGAAAUGCGGCAAAGCUCAAGAGGGCCCAGGAGACGAAAUCGUUUCUGGGGAAGGUCUGACUCUCAAAACCAUGCGAUGUGACAACGUGGAAAAGUUUUUAUGGCAAUGUGUACGGUUGACAGAAACAGAGUCGUGCACAAGGCCUGCCUACGUUAUCUGCCGCAGUGGAGACAAUGUUUGCGCUGGUUACAUUGAGGUCCAGGACUCCUCAAAAGCAUCUGAAUGGGUUCCUCUAUGCCAAGCGAACCUAAGCAGCGUGCCAAGUCCUGACAACUUGUGCUCGAUGAUGAAUUGUGGAGCAAGCGUCAGCAUGGAGCCAGAACAGUGCAAUGGUACAGGAAACGUAAUGCUCACCUGUACAGAUCAUGUCAAACCGGUACUCAUGACCAAGGGGACGGAAACAAAAUGUUAUGGGAACAUCUUUGUGAAACAGCGUAACAGCAAGACUUUGGGAGUGUGUUUUGGGAGUAGCAAAGAGAAAGCUGAGAAACUGGGAAAGGUGGUGUGCGGAGAGCUGGGCUGUGGAGAGGUGGUGUUCACGGGGCAGGGAGAGAUUACCCAGUCUGGCUGGAUGAGCAACGUUCAGUGCCAAGGCCAAGAGGCCUCCAUGUGGCACUGCUUAGCCAAACACGAGCGUAGACGUGCCAAGAGAUGCCAAACGACCAACAUCAUAUGUGAAAAGAGCGUGAAUGUUCGCCUCAGAGAUGGCUUCGGAUCAUGCUCCGGAAGGGUUGAGGUGGAGCUUGAAGGAUCGUGGUGGAGCGUGGACUUGACGGGCUGGACCCAGAAGAACACUGAUGUAGUAUGUACCGCGGUAAAGUGUGGAAAGGCACAGGAAUAUGACAGUAAGCUGUUCAUCGAUGGGAGUCGGCCAACGUUGCAAUGGGAACUAACGUGUGACAGCUCCUCUAAUUCCAUCCACCAGUGCAUCAAGCUACCAAAGAGAAAGCCGCAACCAAAGGACUAUGUAAAAGUCAUCUGUGAAGAGGAGGCAGUCGUGUACCUGCAGGGUGAUUCAGCGUGCUCAGGGGAAGUAAGAAUCCGGUCUGGGGGGAAACACUACCGGCUGUCGGGCUCUUUAGACACAUGGCACAACAGAACAGCCUCGGUGGUGUGCAAGCAGAUGCAGUGUGGCGCUUUGUCUUCAUUAAACCGUUCCCCAGGCAUUGGAUCUGAUGCCCAACUGUGGAAGAUCUCGUACAAUUGUUCAUCAGGUGACGAAUCCCUUGGCAGUUGUUCCAAGAUUGAUUCAGCAACUCAGAACACAAGUGAAAUUGCAACAGUCCAAUGCACAGGGGAGGUGAAGGUGAGUCUGAAAGGGGAGCACUGUGCAGGUAAAGUGGAGGUAUGUCGAAAUGGAGUUUGUGGAGGCAUUUGUAACAAAAUCUGGACUAAGGAACAGUCUCAAAUGGUGUGUCAAAAUCUGAACUGUGGAGAUUUCAUCACAAACCAGUCGUUUUCAACUGGCGAUAAAACUGUGAAAUUCAGCAGUGUGUACUGCGCUCCAAAUAUAUCCAGUUUAAGCCAGUGUAACUUUGUUCCUAAUGAUGGCUCCUCCUGCACCAAUAAUCCAGUCUAUGUGACUUGCACAGACAGUGUGAAGGUUAGACUUCAGGACCCAAGAGACAGUUGUGCUGGAAAAGUAGAACUGUUUUACUCAGGACAAUGGCUUCCGGUCUGUAAGGACAGCCUGGAUGAAAACGCUCAAAACACAAUUUGCAAGGUCCUUGAGUGUGGCAGUCUUGCUGAUUACACUGAUGUGAGGUAUGGGGAUCUCCCAGCAAUAGGACUGGGACAGGUAACAUGUAAAAAAGAUGCUGACUCCAUCUCAGGAUGCAAUCUCAAAGACAUUGCUGGGCCAAAACAGGGAUGUAACAUUGGCCGUCUGAAUUGCACAGAUGAACCCGUGGUCAAUCUCACCCAUAAAUGCUUUGGGGAGGUGAUGAUUAAUGGGAUGAAGGUGUGUGGAGAGCACUGGGAUAAUGAAAUGGCAGCGGCUGUGUGUCAUGAGAAAGGGUGUGGUAACAGCAUUUCCUUUGAGAAGGUCUCCUCCCGUGGUGGUAAAGCCCCUCACUUUCACUGCACUGGACAGGAAAACAAACUGCGGCAAUGUGGAUCCGUGAACGCCAACUGCAAAAGUUUUGUCUCCGUAGUCUGUGACGACAGUAUUGAAUUUCGUCUCACAGAAAAGUGUGGGGGUGUGCUACAGAUCUGGUACAAAAAUGAAUGGGAACACGUGUGCCCACUUAAUGGUGAGCAAAAGGAAGUUGCUGACAAACUAUGCAAAGAACUAAAAUGUGGAAACAGUUCUCAAAGCACAUCAGAGGAUUACGCCUAUGUCCCUCCGACACCUCCUCCACCCGUUAACCUGAUUGUGGGUGUUACUCUGGGCCUCCUCUUGGUGCUUGUAGCUCUUGCCAUCCUCUUCUGGCAGAGAAAACGUCUCCUCUUCAUCUUAAGAUCCGCCUGUGGAACUGAGGACGAUGUUGAUGUUGAGACCAAUCACGAAAUGAAAUCUAUUGAGUCAGAUGAUAAAGGUUCUUUAAUGAGAAAAGGGUCUGAUUUUGAAACUGAUGACUAUGAGGAUAUUGACAGCAGCAUGAUUAAAAACAGUGAAAUGGAGCCAAAAACACAAGUGUCCACCUCUGCUCCUGAUGAGGAAGAAGAGGGUGACCAUGAAGAUUCCUCUGGAACUGAGUAUGAUGAUAUUGAUGAUCAAGCUAUAGAGGAAUCGUCACUUCUACAGGCAAAUAGGGAUGAUUCCACUGCUCCACAACUUCCAAUGAGACCUGCUGAAUUACUCGAUGGGGUCAGCUGUGGAGCAGAGCUUCAGGAGUCACAGGACGACUAUGACGACGCAGAGACAUCUUUCCAGGUGGUGUCCGAUGCAACUGAGGGCUAUUCCAACUCUGACAGAGGCAUGAACCCUGUAGACUCCUCACUCAUGAACCCAGAGGAAGAUUAUUUGCAGCCCGACCAAGAAGAGUGA